CGAGCAUCAGAAAUUCAGCAGUCCAACGCGUCCUCCAAUCUUCGCCCCCGGCAAGCAAUACCGAAAAAGCCACUCCUUUUCCUUCUCCGCGCAAAGCCCCAAACCGCCGCCUCCCGUUCUCUCGAGUCUCGACCUCUCCUCUCCUCUCCUCUUCUCAGGUCUCACCUGAGUCACACCUCCACAGACACUGAGACACACACAUACGCUAUCUCUCAUCGUCCUCCACUCCCGGCAACGGAAGUUUCACUGCUGCCCUCAUCUAACUCCCCGUCUCACUGUGGAUUUUCGCAAAGGGGGCAAGAACAACGCCAGGGAUGGUCCAGGUGUUAUGGACGGUCGCGUGGGAUUGAUUGAUGCAGGCGUAAUGUCUCUAUCGUGAUUUCUUUUAUUCGUUCCGAGUUCUGACGAUUUCGUAGACGGAUACGGAAUACGCAUAUUGUCAACUGUGCGUAUUUUCAGUCUGUAGAAGCCAUCUUUUAAAGAACAUUUUGGGCAGAAAUUGCCAGUAGCAUUUCUUGUGGUUAACAUGGACUUCUCAGCUGGUUCCUACUUCUCAUCAUGGCCUAUCAAUUCUGCUUCUGAGAGCUACAGUUUGGCUGAUGGUUCAGCGGAAUCAUAUGGAGAAGGAAGCAUGCCACCGUCAACCUAUUUCAUGACAGCUAGAUCAGAUCACAAUUUAAAUUUCAGUGUGCAUGAACAGGAUUCCACUAUGCUUCCAAACGAACAGUUGACCUAUGCUGGUGCUGGCCAGAUUGAUCUAUUACCUGCUGAGACUCUAUCUAGGGAUAAGCUUCCUGAAAAUCUUCUGGAGCUUCAAGGACUUCAGAAUAUCAGCAACCUACAGAGUAAUUUAGUGGCCCCAGGGGUGUUUCAGCACAAUUUAACACCUGGGGUCUUUCAUCCACAGUUGAACACUCCUGGACUUUCAGAACUGCCUCAUGCCUUAUCUAGUUCAAUUGACAGUAAUGGAAGUGAAGUUUCUGCUUUUCUCGCUGAUCUAAACGCUGUUUCUUCAGCGCCAACUUUAUGUUCCACAUUCCAAAACGCUUCUUCGUUCAUGGAACCAGUGAAUCUAGAAGCUUUCAGUAUUCAAGGCGCACAAAGUGAUUGUGUUUUGAACAGAACAAGUCAUCCGAAUGGGAAUAUCUCAGUAUGUGACAGUGCUGCCUUGGCAUCACUACAUGAUAGCAAGGAGUUUAUCAGUGGUAGUCUCCCUUCUUUUGCUAGUGUCCAGGAAACAAACCUAGCUGCUAGUGGCUUCAAGACUCAGAAGCAGGAGCAAAAUGCAGUGUGCAAUAUCCCUACUUUCACUGCACGGAAUCAAAUGUCAGUUGCUGCAAUGCAAGGAGCACUUGUCCCUCAAAAGAUUCCUUCACGGAUCAAUGAUAAUAAAAGUGAGGGUCCUGUUAGCCAUCCUUCUGAUGUACAAACUCAACCAAAUUCAGCUGUUAAUGGUGUUGGUGUGAAACCACGAGUAAGGGCUCGUCGUGGACAAGCAACUGAUCCUCAUAGUAUUGCUGAACGGCUUCGCAGAGAGAAAAUUUCAGAUAGGAUGAAAAAUCUGCAGGAUCUUGUCCCAAAUUCCAAUAAGGCAGACAAGGCAUCCAUGCUGGAUGAAAUUAUUGAUUAUGUGAAGUUUCUUCAGCUUCAGGUCAAGGUCUUGAGCAUGAGUAGGGUAGGAGCUCCAGGAGCAGUUCUUCCCCUUCUCACAGAAUCUAAGACUGAGGGUUACCACGGCCAACCUCUGCCACAAGGAUUACUGGACGCACUAGACUCGGAAGACAGCUUCGUCUUCGAGGAAGAGGUCGUGAAGCUAAUGGAGACCAGCAUCACCAGCGCGAUGCAGUACCUUCAGAGCAAGGGGCUCUGCCUGAUGCCAGUCGCCCUUGCUUCCGCAAUAUCCACCCAGAAAGGUGUGUCCGCUGCUGCAGUCCCUCCUGAACGGUGAGAUAAAGACACGCUCCUCCCCCAUGAGCACGAGGAAACAGCCGCAGAUGACAGAACUCAGACGGCUGAAGAAUGCAGCAAUGCAAAGCCCGUAGAGUGCAGCAUAGGAAGUUAGUCUGUGACCAGAGCGCAUGGCCUCGUCUACUAAUUUCGCUCUCAGAAUCAGCUUUUUUUUUCGUACCUAUUGCGCAUCAGUUGAUUUUGCCUUUUUGCCUUCUCUCUUUUCUUUUUGGCCGUAUUUCAUCAGGUUGCAUAUAAAAAAAAGUAAAAUCUACUGGUUCUGGCGUUCUGCUA